ACAAGAUCGGCUGGUCCCCCCAAAGGAACAACAACAACAUCCAAGGUACCCACGCACCACGCAACAAACCACCACCAUUGCUCUGCCCAGCUUAGCCCCCCUCGCUCCUUAAACCUAUCUAUUUUUUAGUAUUUAUUUGUCACAACAUCCAAGGUGGAGCAUGCAUUGAAGCAAACGCCACCUCAAGGAGCAUCCCUACUAGGUACUACCGUACUACAUUGCAACGAUGAGCAGCGUCUAUGCUACCGAACCUGCCACUGCAGGCCGUGUGAUAUUUGAAACGACCGACGGUCCUUUGGAAAUCUUUCUGUGGUGUCGAGAAUGCCCCCAAACGACUCGGUUCUUUUUGCAGCUGUGUCUGGACGGCUUUUACCAGGACAUGAUGUUUCAUCGGAUCGUAGGAAACUUUUUGAUUCAAACUGGAGCACUGCGGCAUGAAUCCUCUCCUGUUGAAAAGUCCUUUUCCAUGAGCAAUCCAGAAGCUGCUGGAUAUCGACAAGCCGUUGGAGCUUCCGAAGCAAUGGAGCGACGAUCCUACGAAGUCAAUUCUCGUAUCAAAUUCAAUCAUCGUGGACAAGUGGCCAUGGCGCUGGGGGUCGAUGACUCGUCCAAGGGCGCCGAAGACUUGCAACCCCAGUUUUUUAUCAUUUUGGAAGAUGCGCCCUACUUGGACAGUAAACAUGUUGUCUUUGGCACCAUUAGUGGCCCCACCAUUUUCAAUGCAAUGAGAAUAGGGAGACAAGAGACGGACGAAACCACUAAUCAACCAGUGGAUCUCCAAAAUGCCACUCGUAUUCAAGCCGUCAAGAUUUUGGAAAAUCCAAUUCACCAGGAUUUGGUACCACAACCAUCCGUUCCCUGGAGAAUCCGAAAAACAGCUGAUGAAGCAACCAAACCUAAAAAGAAGAAGAAAAAGCGCAAGGGAAAGUUUGACACUAAUGUGCUCUCCUUUGGGGCGGAACUGGACGAAGAAGGGGGUGGAGGAAUGCCAGCCAGCAAAGCAACAAAAGGGAUGCAGAGCAGUCAUGAUGUUGUGGAGAGCAAGGUGCUGGGGAAACACGUAGACGACAAAGUCAAGAAUAGGGUACUCAAGGAUGAGGAGGAGUCCAUAGAAGCAGUAGCAGACACUGACAACAAAACUCCCAAAAAGAAGCAAACGGUCGAAGCUGGUGAUGGUGAUGAUGUGCCAACAGUUCCCGCUGCGCACAAUGACACAGUGGAAGAACCAUCCAUGAAAUUCUCGCCGCGAAAAAACCGGCAAAAGGAUACGUCAGAUGACACUGGGGAGCUAAAAGGGGAGGAUACGGAAAAAGAUGGCACUAAACACAAAAAGCACAAGGAGGUGUCGUCAAAGCCCAAGGUGAGCUUGGUAGAAGCACGCCGUCUCAAAUAUUCCAAGGGCAAGAAAAGUAAAAAGGACAGAGAAGAAGAAACCCUCUCCAAGCUCACGUCCUUUCGGUCGACGGUGCAGCAAAAAGUUGAAGAACGCAAGUCAUCGCACAGCAACGGUGGUGGAGGAGAGCAGCAGCAGCAGCAAGACAAUUCGUUGGCAGCCCGCAUGGCUCGUCGGGCCCAAAAGGCCAAUGACAAACAGGAUAAUCGUCGUGCGAAUGACACUGCUGCAGAAGCCCCAACUUACCACGGUCAGGUUCUCGAUGAUAGUGAUGAUGAAGAAAAAGGUGGCAACAGUCAACGUGCGUGGCUUGGUACAGCCUUUAAAUGUCGAAGGCAGAAUCAUGAUUCUCUGGGCGGUGAUGGACGAGAUGCCGAUGACUAUGAAGUCGUAGAUGCGAAACGCGGUAAGCACAAGAGCCGCUCUCACCACCGAGAUGAUAAGAAGCACAAACGCAAGCAUAAGCACUAAUCGACAAACCACUGAAACCAUGUCUUU